AUGCAUAUUCAGUCAACUCUCGCACUGGGCCUUUUAGCCAACACUGCCACAGCUGCGCUUACAAGCUGUGGUACGAAAGGCUCUAGUAAAGCAUUGCAGAAACUGUCUAAAGAUCUGCAAAGUGGACCUUUGGCAAUUCGCGACCAGGGAAAGAAUAUCGAAGUCAAGACGUUUGUUCAUAUUGUUGCGGCAAGUGAAAAGGAAGAGGAUGGAUAUCUUACUGAUGAUACAGUCAAAAGUGAGGUCGAGCUACUGAACAAAUCUUACAACCCAUGGGACUUCUCCUUUAAGCUCGCCAAGAUCACCCGGACUAUCAAUGAAACUUGGGCUUACAACUAUGGCGAUUGGCCUGGCGGUAAUGACACUGAGCCUGAAAUGAGAGCGGCUCUUCGCGAGGGGAGCUAUAAAGAUUUGAAUCUCUUUUUUGUUACAGACAUGGUCCCCCGUGGAAAGUGCGAACUCCCCGUCCCCAGCGCGACAGAUGACACCGUUCUUGCGGAUGGAUGCAUCAUGAAACCUAAAACCCGUGGCGUGCUUCCCCCCACCUUUGAUCAAGUCACCAUUCAUGAGGUCGGUCACUGGUUCGGUUUAGAACAUACCUUUCACAAUGGUUGCGAAGAGCCAGGCGACUAUGUUGAUGAUACGCCUUACGAAGCAUCCCCUGUUCAGUUUGGUAACUGUGCCGAGCCUGGCCGCAAUACUUGCCCUGAUAAACCUGGUUUGGAUCCAGUUGACAACUACAUGACAUAUGUAGACUAUGAAUGUGGUCCGUUGAGGUUCACUCCCGGUCAGGCUGAACGAAUGCACAAGCUUUGGAAGCUACGCGCGGACUCGAAGGUUUAG